GCCUGGAAGCUGCCUGGCGAGGGGGAAGCCGGCGACCGGAAGGGCGCGGGUGCGCGCUCCGCACGCCUGCUCGCGGGGGGUGUAGAGAGCGCGGGCGCGCACGCACGAAGGGGCGGUGGGUGACAGGUGAGCGCCGCACUGCAGGCGCGGGGUCUGCUUCCAGGGCCGCCCCGCACCCCCUUCCCCUAACGAUCAGGACAGGAACCUGAAGGACUGAGCCAGCGGUGACAUAGGUAGUUAACAGUGGCAAUGGCAACUAGCCUGGAUGCAGACAUUGUUCGUGAAGUACUGGAAUGUCCCAUCUGUAUGGAGACCUUCAACCAAACUGUAAUAAGGCCCAAACUCCUACAGUGUGGGCAUACAAUUUGUAAGCAAUGUUUGGAAAAGCUCAUAGCAAACAGUAUAAAUGGAGUGCGUUGUCCCUUUUGCAGCAAAAUAACCAGGAUGAAUAAUCUGUCGCAACUUUCAGACAAUCUUACAGUUUUAAAAAUCAUUGAUUCAGCCUCUCUGAGUGAAGCAAUGUGUACGGUCAUGUGCAAAGUCUGCCGGAAGAGGCUGCCUCGAAACUUCUGUGAGAACUGCUGCCUGGUCCUUUGUGAGGCCUGCAAGACUGACUGUCAUCAAGCGCAAGGGCACACCGUUGUCACAAUUCGCGCUGAGGCUGAACAGCGGCGGAAGGAGAUUGGGAUUAAGCUUGCCAAGCUACGGGAGAUGAUGGUGGACAUGCAGCGCAAGAAGACUGCCAUGGACACGGUUGCAAAAAACAUGCAGUCAAAAUACAAAGCAGUCCAUCAGGAUUACAGUCGGGCUGAACAGAGGAUACAGGAGGAACUGGCCAAAUCUCGCAGGGCUUUCACAUCAGCAGUGUCAGAAGUUGAAAAGGUGAACAAUCAGAUACUGGAGGAACAUGCUUAUUUGAUCAAUAUUGCUGAGGUGCAGAUUGUGUCACGCUCUGAUUACCUCAGCACCAAAAUCAAGCAGGCAGACACAGCUCUUCUUGAAGAAGCCAUUGAUGAUGAGGACCCUGAUUUGACUAACAACAUGCCUACUCAUUUAACACUGCAGCAGGUAGAUUUGGUUAAAGGAGACCACCUAGGGCCAACAGAAAUUGGACAAAUUGAGACAAGGCCUUAUACUGUUCCCAGUGAAGAGACACUCAUGGAGACAUUUACCCCCACUGCCUCAACACAAGAGACAGACUCCCCAAAAGAUAUGGCCAGUGUCCUGCAAGCAUCAUCUCCAAAAAGCAGGGAGCCUGAAAGCAUGGCCUCCGGACCCCCUAACUGUCAGCUGAUGAAGAAAAUUGGCUCCCAUGGAAACUUACCAGGGAUGUUCCACCUUCCGGUGAGCCUGUGCGUGACAGUACAAGGGGAAGUGCUCGUGGCAGAUCGGGGAAACUUUCGAGUUCAACUGUUCAAUCAGAAGGGCUUUAUGAAGGAGAUUAGAAGAAGCCCAAAUAGUAUUGACAAUUUUGUUCUCAGUUUCCUUGGUGCUGAGCUCCCGAACCUGAUACCACUGUCUGUGGCUGUCAAUAGUAUUGGCUUAAUUGGGGUGACUGACAACUAUGAUAAUUCUGUUAAGAUUUACACGACUGCAGGGCAGUGUGUAGCGUGUCACAGGAACCAGCUGACAAAACCAUGGGGUAUCGCUGCAAUGCCUUCUGGACAGUUUGUGGUGACAGAUGUAGAAGGUGGAAAGCUUUGGUGUCUAACUGUGGACCGUAACGUUGGUGUUAUAAACUAUUCUCGGCUGUGCAGCGCAGUCAGGCCCAAGUUUGUGACCUGUGAUGCGAAUGGCAGUGUAUACUUCACUCAGGGCCUGGGCCUGAACCUGGAGAAUAGUCAAAAUGAACAUCACCUGGAAGGUGGCUUCUCUAUUGGCUCCGUUAGUCCUGAGGGCCAGCUUAGUCGUCAGUACAGCCACUUCUUUGCUGAGAAUGAAGACUUCCGUUGCAUUGCAGGGAUGUGUGUUGACAUCAACGGGAACCUGCUUGUUGCAGACAGUGGGCGCAAGGAGAUUCUCCUCUUUCCCAAAGAGGGUGGAUUCGUCAGUCUGAUAAGAGAAGGUUUAGUGUGCCCAGUCGGGGUGGCUGUCUCACCCAAGGGUCAGCUUCUAGUAUUGGACUGCUGGGAUCACUGCAUUAAAAUCUACAACUAUCAUUCAAGGCAGCAUGUAACAAAUUGAGUUUUAAGUAAUCAGGCACGAUAAACCCAUAUAGCACUCCAGUACUUUUUUUUCUCUGGGAGUAGAAAGCAAACCUUGCUUCCUUCCUACCAGCACCACAAUCAGCUGUUUUGGCCAUGCAUCCCUCCCCAAUAAAGUUUUUUCAAUAAUUAAUGACAUUAUUAAUUCCUUGUACUGUAUGUUACAAAACUUAGUUAAAUAGACUACUCUGGUUGCUGUAUCAUUGCACAUGGCUGAAUUUUUGAUUUGCAGUUUGGUACUUCUGUGAACAAUGUAAGGUUACCUUACGUUUAUUAAAUGGGGUACUUAUUAUAAAGUGUUUCAGAAAAUAAAACUGCUGGAUUUCA